GUCGGCCGACAACGGUUUGAAGUGAUCUAGUUCGUCAGAAAAACACAGACCACGUUUACAAUGCAAUCGCUGGUGGUGUUCUUUGCUCUCGCCGCUGUGGCUUGCGGCUCAAUCAUCCCGUUGGCGCAGCCCGCGCAUCACCCCGCGCUGGUGUUGGACCCACACGGUCGUCCCCUCGACACCGCUGAAGUUAUCAACGCUCGUGCCAUCCACCUGCAGGCUAAGGCCCUGGAACCCGUCGGACAUGUUGCUUACGCUCCCUUGGCCCACCAUGCUGUCGUAGCUGCGCCCAUCGCUCACUCCGCAAUCGUCGCCCCUGCAGUGGUCGCCGCUCCUGCUGCUGCUGUGUCCCACCAAUCUCGUGUGGAUGUGCGCACCAGCCCUGCCAUCGUAGCUCACGCCGCGCCGGUUCUUGGUGCUCACUCCCUCGCCGCUCCCUUCUUGGGCUACUCCGCUCACGGGCUCGCUGGACACGGUCACUACCUCAAGAAACGAUCCCUGGGACACUUCGCCUACAGCGCACCCAUCAUCGCCCCCUCUGCCGUGUCUCACCAGUCCCGUGUUGAUGUGAUCUCCAGCCCCGCUGUUGUUUCUCACGCCGUGGCCGCCCCAGUGCUGUCUCACGCCGUUGCCGCACCCGUCGUAGCCCACGCUAUUGCCCCUGCUGCGGUCUCUCACCAAUCCCGUGUAGAUGUACGCACCAGCCCCGCUAUCACCGUCGCUGCUGUCGCCCCUGUAGCACACAGUGUCGUCGCUGCUGCUCCCCUCUACCAUUCAGCUCCUCUCAUCCACGCCGCUCCUUUGGCCCAUGGUGCUGGUCAUUUAGUUCAUGGUUGGUAAUGAGCAAAUCUGGCGAACUCCUAUUAAUGCAAUAAUUAAAAUAAUAAAAAAAAAUAUUUAUAAAUAAUAAAUUAAUAAACUACA